AGUUGAAUGCGUUCAGUUGAAAGUUAACCGUCUCGACGCGACCCGACGUCAUAAUAGUACAUCUCGGUGACAAAUUGUUAUCAAAAACGUGCUGGAUUCUCUAAAAGGAACCUUUUAAAGUGAAUUUAUGUGAAAAAUUACUGUGUUGAGAUCAAUUUUGUUUUUAUUUUAGAGUUUUCAUGACAAUAUUAAUUGCAUAUUAAAUUAUUCGUUCAACAAAUAUAUCGAAUCAACAACUUUCGAAUCCGUAACAGUUUUUUAAAAAUAUUAUUAAAUACAGUGCUUAGAAAAACUUUAAAAGUUGAGACGUGAACUGCUUGAAAACUUUACGGAAGUGAACAUGUGCGGUUGUUGUGGCUGUAAGUCUACUCCACCUAUAAGUGCUCCAAUCAACUUGAACAACCAAUCGGAUACCUAUAAUUACAAAGGUCCAGAUUUGAUUCGAGUGUCCAGAUUUUUCAAUCAAGCAAAAGAAGGCAAAUUCAUCAGCUACGUAUAUUCAGAUGCAAAAACACUAUACGAGUCAUUCAGACGAGGAUCCAAAGUAUCAAAUAAUGGUCCCAGUCUGGGCUGGAGAGAAUCCUACUCCAAGCCGUACCAGUGGUUGAGCUAUAACGAAGCAUUGUUAAGAGCGAAAAACUUCGGUUCCGGACUUGUUGCCAGCGGUCUCCCUCCAGGACAGACUACUAUAAUCGGUAUAUAUUCUCAAAAUUGCCCAGAAUGGAUCCUGACAGAGCAAGCAGUAUAUUGCUACAGUAUGGUGCUGGUACCAUUGUACGAUACUCUAGGUCCAGAAGCAUGUGCCUUUAUUGUCAAACAAGCCGAGAUAACUACGGUAGUUUGUGAUGACGACGCAAAAUGCAAUCUUCUAUUGGAGAGAUCUCCUAGAUGUCUCAAGAAAUUAAUAGUCAUGAGAGAUGUCAGGGCAGCCACCAAGCAAAGGGCGAAAAACAGAGGAGUGGAUAUAAUCAAAUUCACAGAUCUUGAAGAGUUGGGAGCGAAAACAAACCACCCCGAAGUUCCUCCAGAACCUAGUAAUCUUGCAACGAUAUGUUACACUAGUGGAACAACUGGUAACCCCAAGGGUGUAAUGUUGACCCACGAGAAUAUAGUGGCCUCUAUGAGUGCCGUAAUACUACAGUUCGGUGACCAUAAGCUAAGAAAUAACGAUAUUUUGAUAUCUUUCUUACCGUUGGCGCAUAUGUUGGAAAGGUGUUGUGAGAAUGCCAUGUAUUGCGUGGGAGGAGCAGUUGGAUUCUUCUUAGGAGAUAUAAGAAGGUUGUCAGACGAUAUGAAAGCCCUAAAACCAACAGUAACGCCUGCAGUUCCUAGAUUACUUAAUAGGAUAUACGACAAAGUGCAAUCAGAUAUUAGUGGAAGUUGUGUUAAGAAAACUCUGUUCAAUAUGGCGCUGAGCUCCAAAGAGAAAGAACUGAAAAGGGGAAUAGUUAGGAAAAACAGCUUUUGGGAUAUGUUGGUGUUCAGAAAAGUCCAGGAAGGCAUGGGAGGACAUCUUAGGUUAAUGUUGGUAGGCUCAGCACCAUUGGCUGAAAACGUGCUGACUUUUGUUCGUUGUGCUUUGGGAUGCAUUGUGGUUGAAGGCUACGGUCAAACCGAAUGCACAGCCCCAAUUUCACUGACCAUUCAAGGAGAUCACACUCCUGGCCACGUGGGCCCACCGGUAGCAUGUUGCUGCAUUAAAUUGGUAGAUGUUCCAGAAAUGGAGUACUGGGCGAAGAAUAAUCAGGGUGAAGUGUGCGUUAAAGGAACCAACGUAUUUCAGGGAUACUACAAGGAUCCAGAAAAGACCGAAGAGGUCAUUGAUGAGGCAGGAUGGCACCACACGGGCGAUAUAGGAAUGUGGUUACCGAAUGGAUGUCUCAAAAUCAUCGACAGGAGGAAGCAUAUCUUCAAACUUUCGCAAGGAGAGUACAUAAUACCAGAAAAAAUAGAAAAUAUCUAUAUUCGUUCGCAGUACGUUAGUCAAGUUUUUAUAUAUGGAGAAUCUCUUAAAUCUUGUAUAGUAGGUAUCGUAGUACCAGACGUAGACGUAAUCAAAUGCUGGGCUCAUGAGAACGGAAUUCCCGGAACCCUCAGCAUCCUCUGUAAUAAUCCAGAAGUUAAGCAGCUAAUAUUAGAUGAUAUGAUCACGUGGGGCAAGGAGGCUGGAUUAAAAUCCUUUGAGCAGGUAAAGGACAUAUACCUUCACCCCGACAACUUCAGCAUUCAAAAUGGCUUACUCACACCGACGAUGAAAUCGAAACGUCCACAGCUGAAGGCUUACUUUAAACCACAAUUAGACGAUAUGUACAGUAGGCUCGUGUAGAACAUUUUUUAGACUUUUUUUUUCAAAUUAAUUCUUAAGACAAAAUCUUGUAUACAAUGUCAUCGAUAAUUAUGACCAAUAGGCAACUUUGGUGGGUGAUAAAUUUAACGAAAUCGGAGAUACUACUGUAGACUACUUGUUGAAUCAAUUGAUUCAAUAUCAAUUUAUUGUCAUUUUACAAGGUUGAAUGUCGAGGUCACCAGUGGCUCAAAUUUCUAUUCUUACCGACUACCGGAGAAAAUGAAUUACCGAAUUACAUUCGCUAAUUGAACUAAUGUCUAUCAUUUCGAUGUUUAGAAGUUACAUUACACAACUAUCCUAUAUUAAUUUUGCGAAAAAAAGGUUUAUGGCAAAAAAUGAUCUUUAAAAUAUGUUGAUGCCUAGUUUGAAAGAUAUAUAUUGUUUCUACUUUGAUGUGAGUAGUUCACUGCGUUCAAAACUCAGUAAUGGCCAGAAAAACAAAACUUUAAAGAUAACUUGAAAGUAGAAUACACAAGUGGAUUGGGUCGGCUGAUGAGUCAGUAUUACAGAUCUUCACUUUUUACUACUUACUCUUUCAAUAGAUAAAUAAGAUAAAUUCGCCUAUUGGUCAUGAAUAUCGUGAAAUGCAUAUAGUUGUAGACUUAAGCAACAAUUUUAUUUGCGAUGUUUUGUACGAAAAAAAAACAUUUUUGGUAUAGACAGCUGAACAAGGUAGUCUUUAAAAUAUAUCUGAAACAAUUUUGUUGAUUUAAUGUACCUAUUUAAUUAAAAUUUGUUUUAAUUUUU